AUGCCGCCGCCGUUCCCCGCGCGCCGCGUCGUCACGACCGUCGCGACGCACGCCGACCCCAAGUCCUUGCGCCCGCCGGCCUCGCACCCGCGCAAGUUCGCCGCGGGCUCGCGCCUGCGCUCACCGUCCCCGUUGGUCGUGCUGUGCGCCGCCUUCGCCCUGCUUGCGCUGCAUGCCGUCGUGGCCAACCUGUCGCCGCCGUGCGCCGCGCCGCCGUCCGCCGACCUCACCGCGGAGCUGGAGCGCUGGCGCCAGCCGCAGGUCGCUGCCGCCGCGCUGCGCGUCUUCGUCUACGACUUGCCGCCGAGGUUCAACGUCGCCCUCGUCGAGAAGAGCAUCGCCCAGCCGGGGCCGAUCCGCGACCCGCGCUGCGACACCAACUUCUACUCCGCCGAGGUCCACGUGCAUCGCUGGCUGCUGGCCUCGCCCAUUCGCACCGCGGACCCGGAGGAGGCCGACUUCUUCUACGUCCCGGUUUACACCACGUGCGAUCUCAUCACACAUCAGCCGAACGACGUUCCGCGUGUUGGGCGCCACUUUGCGGAGGCUAUGGACGUCGUCAUCCGCGACUACCCCUAUUGGAAUAGGUCCAGCGGCAGGGACCACGUGUAUAUGUUCUCGCAGGGCUUUUCUGCUAGGCUUGCGGGAGAUUGGCAGCGAUAUGCGAACGGCAUUUUUAUGGUGCACAAUGGUGAGUUCAGUGCGCCGGAAUAUACCCCGCAUAAGGACUUCACCAUCCCCCCGGAGCUUAAAGCAUAUUUUACGCCGUAUUGGAUAGAGGACCCAGAAGUGGUUGUUAGUAGACCUCGGCAGUUUCUUGCUCAAUUUGGAGGGCAGGUUCUUAACGUCAACAUAAGCGAUCAUCGGGGAAGCAAUUAUUCUGGUGGUGUCAGACAGUACAUUCAGGCACAUUUUAGCGAGCGAAAGGAAUACCAAAUUACUGGUGUGAGAACAGACUCGUACAUUGACGAUAUGAAGAACAGCAAGUUUUGCUUGUCUCCUGAAGGAUGGCAUCCAUGGAGCCCAAGGCCGUACUAUGCUGUGAUGAUGGGAUGCAUUCCUGUCGUCAUCUCUGAAGUUCAGGAGCUUGCUUUCGAGGAGCUGGUGGAUUGGGACAGUUUUGUUGUUUGGAUUCGCCCUGCGGACAUAUCGCAUCUUGAUGACAUUCUUCACUCAUUUUCGGAGACAGAACUGAAAAGACGACAGUUGGCAAUGAAAGCGACGUGGCGCGCCUUAUGGUAUGCGGAUGAAGGACUGGCCUAUCAAUCUAUAUCGAAAGCAUUGUACAGUCGAAAAUACGACAGCGCCCCAGUCAGAGAAUUCAGCAGAAGGAAAUAG